AUGAGUAGUUCCGACUCUGAUAAACAAACGCACGAAGUUUCACAAUAUCAAGGCCCUCUGACAAGGCUAGGGAUAGUUACCAAUAAAAAAUUGGACAUUGGAGACAAGCCUCUGCCGAAGCCACACCGAUGCUACCCUCAUUAUAAGGACAUUGUUAAUGGACUUUUAUCUGAUCCUAUUGAAUUUAUAAACCCUUUCUCCAUCUGGUUGAAGUGUAUGAGGAGUGAAGAGGG